GUAUAGCUUGAGAUAUAGAAGAAAACUGUUUAAAUCUUUGCUGAAAUUACAAAGAAUGUCUUCUCAGUUUACGCUUCUCUAGGCUUCUCUUGUGUUUUGAUUCUUGGGGUGUUUUAAAAUCACAGACUGUCCUUUGUUGCAUUAGGAUUUAUUUUCAAGUGGGUAGUGGUUUGAAAUGUAUUAAACAAAUAUUAACCUGGGAGAUGUGUUUUAAAAAAGACCUGGUGCUCUUUAUGGAAAUAUUUGUUAUACUUUUUCAAAUACAUUGAAUGUGAGAUAGCAGGACAAGCUACAAAAGAACCUUUGUUAAAAAAGUGAGUUCACUCUAAUAUUUAUUAAGUGUGAUUCAUGAAGUUCAUUUCUCAAGCCUUUUCUUAGGCAGAAGCAGAUACUAAAAAAAGGAGGGCCCAAUGUAUAUUUAGGCGUCUACAUGUCUUACUAUUAGUGUAGGCUGGGGAAGGAGAUGAAGAAACUAGCAAUAGUAUCUACUUAAACCAUGUUGCUUUGGUGUUUUAAAAAUAUCUUUCUAAUUUCAUGGAAGGAUGUUUGCAAAUGUUCAAGUGCACGUUAGGAUUGUUAACCAGUUUAAGACAUCAGUGAUAAAGGGAAAAGAACCCUGGUGCAUGAAUGCAUAUGUAUGUACACACACACAUAUAUACACACACACAUACAUAUAUUUUUAUGUAUAUGAACAUAUAUAUGCACAUGUAGUUCCUAUGUGACCUGUUCUGUAGGCAAGGUCUCAGUCACUGCUGCCUCUCUCUUCCUGCAGAACAGAACCCAUGGUUGUGAUCAUGGUUAAACAUUUCGGAACCAGUUGCAACCUUUCUCAGUUCUGAAUAUUAUACCCAUACGAGCUCUACUAAGUCUUUAAUCUGAGUCUUCUCUGAAAAUUAGCAUGAGCCAGUAACCUGGAAUUUUCACUGUAAGGUUGUUAGUAAAAAGUUGAUAGAGAAAUAAGGAGUUGUUGGUAAAACAACCUCUAUGCUAGAAAACUGAUAGAAAAAAUCCACAUCAUACAUUUCAGGUUUUGAAGUUCAUUGGGCCAGUCUUGACUCUGCUUGAGGUGUUUGAUAAUUGACUGCAGGCUUGACGUUGCAGUUUCAUGCUUUUAGAACCAACUCCUAGGGCAGUAGGAGGAUUUUGUGUGAUUCCUGUCACAAAGACCCAAUCCAACGCUGGCGGCAUCGGCUGUGGGUGCAGCGUGGCAGGAGCCCGGCCGUGCUGGCAUUCCAUCACUCACCAGCCAUUACCUUUAUCUAAUCUGCUUCGAUAGCUAGGGCAUGGAUGGACAUUCUGUCUCACAACAUAGCACAGCCAGAAAUAGAAAACACAAGAAGAUUAAGCCCAAAAUAAAGAUCGGACUUUUUCACAUUUAAGUCCUGAAUGAGGAGGAGAAUGCGCCACGUCGCUUCUUGCAUUUGGCCUGUCAUUUACUCCAGUUGUUGUACGCUGUUUGGUACAAUAGACACCUCCAUUUUCAAUGACUUUUUUAAGUAGCAGUGAGUUUUUUAAGCCAGGUAAGCAGUCAAUCUCUGAAAAUUUUAUUUUGUAAAACUAAAAGAAGGAAAUUUACUUAGCAAAUACAUGGAUGCUUUUUGUAUGAUUCAAUUAGAAGACUGUUUGCAAAAUACAUGCUUAGUAGGAUAUAUGCUAAGCCCUGUAGCAGAUAAAAUGUACCCUGUUGACAUUCUCAAACUUGUGUUCCUUACUUCACCUCCUAAAGUCCGGUUUAGGAUUUUUUUAAAUGCUUGACAGUGACAGGCCUGUAGAAUAGUGUAUGGGCUGUUCAAAUCCCGUCAAGACCUACUUUGAAGCGUAGGAAUUUGCAUAUUAAAUUAUUUUGUUUAGAAACUUUGCUUCUUUGUCCUUGACAAACUUUUCACAUUGUUCAUUUGUCCCAAGCAAAGUCCUGUGAUUAGCUACAAGCUACUCACCUUAAGCUGUGCCUUUAGACUGUAAGAUCUUGGCUGCACAUUUACUUCCGCAGCUAACACAGUUAUUUAAUUAACUGCUCUAUUUCUUCAUAUAGUAAUUUUGUGCUGAUGCAGAUGUGAGGUAUCACGAAUCCUUUGUCUGGACUUUACUGUGAAAAAUUGUGCACAACAUUAAUAUAUAACUGAAAAUACUCCCUGUGACAGAGAAUUUACUGUACUUCUCAGUGUUACAGUUGUAAACAUUAUCAGCAAUUUAUGAAAGUUAAAGUCAUUGCAGUCUCUUCAGAAGCCUCACUGUCCUCAGUUAAGAUUAUUUUAAUUGAUCUUGUGUGUUAAAAAUAUGAGAGAAUACUCAAAGUAAAUUCAUUAUACAAAUCUGACUUUGAUAUAAAUCGAGAAAAUUGGAAGGCGUACUUGUGUCUGCUGUAACAAAAGCAAGAAAACUUGCUUGAAAAAGCAAGAAAACAAGCAAAGCCGUUGUAUGGAAGUAUAUGUCUGCAUUUAGGUACAUAUCUAAAUGCAAAUAGAAUCAAUGAAGUAUGCUCUGACACUUGUCUAAGAGACAGGAAGUACCACUGGAGUUAGAAGUGAAGAAAACAAAACUCCUUUAGAUACUACCCAUGGCAUUUUUUCAGAGAUCUACAGAGUCAGUGUGAGGACACUCAGAGCCAAGGAAGCCAGGCCAAAACAUUAUUUCCAGAAGAUGCUACUGUGCCUCUUUUUUUUUUUUAAACAUCUUUCCAUUAUUGAUACUGAAGACAUAAUGAUGCAAGUAUCUGUUCAUUGCUUAGACCUGAUGGCACCAGGACAGACUUAUUUCUUUGCCUGUGAUCUCACUGGUUUUCUUAAAAAAAAAAAAAUCUGAUGUUUUGUUCCUUUGUGUUCUCACAACAAUUUUUGGUUCCUUAGGCUCCCAUAUUACUUAUAAAGCUUCACUGGGUCUGGGGAGUCAUUUAAGAAUUUGAAAGAGAGGAGGGAAGGUACCAGCAUCUAGAAGUUCUGAAAAAGCUCAGUAUUACUUGAGGGGGAAAGACAAGUUAGAUUGUAGUGUGUUGUUGUGUUUAUAGUAAAGGGACAGAGUAUUGUUGUAAUUUUUGUUCAAAAAUGCUUCAUAAAUAUCAAACUUUAGAAGAAGGUUGGGUUUCCGCUAUUUUAUAGCUUAUUGGGAGCACUAAACGUGAAGGUUGCAAUUAUUAUAAAAUUGUUCCUUUCCCUCUGUUCAGUAAACUCUGCCUUUUUCUCUCGUAGGAGUUUUAAAUUAAUGGGAGAGAACAUAACAGCUGUAGACUUUAGCUACUGCAUACUUUUAUUACUACAGUCUUUUGUUAAAUAUUUUCUUUGGAUACGUGAAUCUUUACACAAUUUAAACUUGUUUAACUUUUUGUCCUUGUCUUGUUCUGUCAAUACGGUCUUGGGGUUUACUCUCCAUUUCUCCUUCUGUGCAUUAUGGGAGAGAGACUGCUUCUCUUCUCAAUCUAUCCACAUUAAGGCAUCUGAAUGCAUGAAUAGGCAGAGCAUUCAGGGAUGCGGACAUACUACUUCAGUGCAGAUACCCAGGAGGAUAUGAAUGGCUGGAUCCGGGCUAUGAACCAAGCUGCUCUUAUGCAAACACGCUCUUCACUGAAGAGGGAAAAUGAAAAACUGGAUCAGCAGGCUGUUCCCCAAGUCAAUCAUGUGGAUGCCUGUAAAGUGUGUGUGAAGUCAGAGAGUACAGAUACAAAAGAAAGUUAUCAAAAAUCUGCUGAAAUGCUUGGUUAUGAUAAGCGUGAAGAAACAAGAAGAGAAAAAGAGGAGGAGGAGCGUUAUAUCCUCAGAAAAGAAGCUCCGGACUCUAAGAAGGGAAAGGCUAAGCAUGCGUUAACAGAAGUUGAUUCAUUAUUUCCAGAUUUAACAAAUGCACCACGGUCUCAAGCAGCUCAGCCUCUGCCUGUUGAGAAGAAUGGAACGCUUCCUAGUUCAUUAAGUAUGAGUGCUGGCCUAGUGGAGCAGAAUGGUACCAGCUCAUAUAAAAGAGGGUUUGUUCCCAGAACAAAUCCAGAUAAACAGAUUCAAAGAAAAAGUAAUAUGGCUCAAGUGGAGCACUGGGUAAAAGUCCAAAAAGGAGAUACAAAAAGCCUUGCUUCUGAUCAGACUCUUACACGUCAGGGCCCUAAUCCACCUUUUCCUGAAAACUAUCACACUUUGCCAAAGAAUACCAGGCAGCCUUCAGGGAGCUCACCACCACCACCAAACCGCAAUUUGCCGAGUGACUACAAGUAUGCACAAGACCGUGUUAGCCACUUGAAGAUGUCCCAGGAGGAAAGGAAAGCAAAUAAGGAUGGAACUGUUUGGCAGCUCUAUGAGUGGCAGCAGAGACAGCAAUUUAAGCAUGGCAGCCCCACUGCCCCGCUGUAUGUAGGCUCUUCGGACUUUAUGGAUCGGGGUAAGUCAAAAAGUUCGUUGGAUGUUCCACGAUCAAUAUCCGUUCCACCCUCUCCAUCUGAUAUUCCUCCACCUGGGCCACCGAAAAGCUUUCCCCCGAGGAGACCACACACUCCUGCAGAAAGGCUUACAGUUAAACCAUCUGAUGAGAGACAGACUGCAGACAGCCCUUUCACUGGAUCACCCAGGAAGAUACAAAGUCAUGCUGUAAAGAGCUCAGCUCACAUUGAUCGACGCUCCAUGCCAGCUAUGGGCUACAUGACCCAUACUGUGAGCGCGCCCAGUUUGCAUGGCAAGUCGCCUGAAGAGCUAACAUUGCUUCUCAUUCGAUUAAGGAGACAUCAGGCUAAGUUGGCUAGUAUACGAAAUUAUACAAUCGCACAAUUGCUGCAGCACUUGCCAACUAAUUCCACCUAUCAGGCUGAUGACACUUACAUCCAGCUGAAAAAGGAUUUGGAGUAUUUGGAUCUGAAGAUAGAAAAUAACGGACCUCUGAUCAACAUGAUUUACAAAGUGCUGAAGAACUCAGCACAGGGGUUACUUUCCAGUAUACAUGUGACAGGGCGUGACACAUUAAAAGAACGAAGUACAAAACCUGUCAAGAUUGCAGAAAGUGAUAUUGAUGUCAAGCUGAGCAUUUUCUGUGAGCAGGACAGAAUUCUGCAGGACUUGGAGGACAAAAUUAGAGCUCUUAAGGAAAAUAAAGAUCAGCUGGAAUCAGUUUUGGAGGUUUUACACAGGCAAAUGGAACAGUACAAAGACCAACCACAGCAUGCAGAAAAAAUUUCCUACCAGCAGAGACUUUUGCAAGAGGAUCUCAUACAUAUUCGGGCUGAAAUAUCCAAAGUUUCGACGGAAAUGGAAAAUGCCUGGAAUGAGUAUCUGAAACUAGAAAAAGAUGUGAGCCAUCUGAAAAAAGCCUUACAGGAACAGAUGAAUAGUUCUUUGGUAUCUCAGGAGAAAGCACAAAUACAAAAAGACUUGUGGAGGAUUGAAGAUGUUACAGCUGGCUUGAGUGCAAAUAAAGCAAAUUACAAAACCAUAGUAGACUCUAUCAAGAAUCCAGAGAGAAAAAUAGUGCCUUCAUUUUCUCAGUCUACAGUGCCUUCCUUACCAGCUUCUCUCACAACCGUGGAGAGCAAACCCUCCAUUCCGCAGAGCCCUCCACCCAGCCCGGUCAAACCUUCUUUGGAGGUCAGGCUGUAUCCACAGCCUUAUUUCCAGGCCAGAACACAGCACCAAGCACCGCAGCUGAAAAAAAUUGAGCCGCCUCUUCAGUCGCCAGUUAGGCUAAAGCCAAAGGUUGAAGAUGAAGCACCACCCAGACCUCCUCUCCCUCAGUUAUACAGUCCUGAAGAUCAGCCACCAGCCGUUCCACCUCUCCCAAGAGAAGCCACUGUCAUCAGGCACACAUCAGUGCGGGGCCUGAAACGUCAGUCAGAUGAAAGAAAGAGAGACAGAGAACUAGGACAGUACGUAAAUGGAGAUUAUAGGGUAGAGCUGCGUUCAUAUGUGAGUGAACCAGAACUAGCAACGAUAGGUGGUGACCUCAGCCAACCUUCCAGCGGUUUAAUAAGCUCUGAUAGUGGAUACCAGACAUUACCUACCCGUGGUUUAUCUGGAUCAACUUCCAGAUUGCACCAAUCAUCUACCAUUUCAUCAUAUGCAACGCUUCGAAGGGAUAGGUCCAAGGACAGACCAAAGAGUGCCUUGGAACGUUUAUACUCUGGAGACCACCAAAGAGGCAAGAUGAGUGCAGAGGAGCAACUAGAAAGAAUGAAACGACAUCAGAAGGCGUUAGUUCGGGAACGCAAGAGAACUCUUAGCCAAGGAGAAAGGCAGUCUCUUUCAUCUCGGUCUUUCGUCAGGCCCAUUUCUGCAGACAUAGGCUCAUGGAAACGAGAGCAAGAAUUUGAUUUGCAGUUACUUGAGAGGGCCAUUCGUGGAGAAGACAAGGAUGAAAAUGAAUGGCUAAAAGUUCAGCCAAUAGCAGUAGCAGUAACAGAGACAGACCUGGAGCCUCAAGACUAUGAUUUAGAUAUCAGCAGAGAGCUUUCAAAACCUGAGAAGGUUGCAAUUCCAGAACGCUAUGUUGAGAUGGAGCCAGAAGAACCUCUUUCUACAGAAGAACUGGCAGCAAGGCAGCGUAAAGCAGAGAAGAUAAAGAGUAUUCUUACUAAAUCAAGUAUGCACAAUCUACAGCCUACUAUUGCCCAGGACAAGCACAACUCAGUUGAUUUAGAUUCACAGCUGCAAGAGCAGGAACGCAUCAUUACCAUAUCAUACGCUUUGGCUUCUGAAGCCUCUCAGAGGAGCAAGGAGGUAGCAGCUCAGCAGUUGACCUUUCCACCUAAAGCACCCUCACCUUCUGUACCACAGCCAUCUCACUCCCCCUUAAGCAAUGGAUUUCACUACACAUUUGUUUAAACACCUUAAAACCAAAGCAGUAAGCGAGCACUGACGUAAGACUCAAAGCAAAUCCCACCUAGUGACACUGCAGAGAAGAAAGAGGAGAUUCAUUACCUGCUUUUUGUGGAGAUGCUCAUCGGCUGAUCACACGUUCUUUUGGAAAUAUGUUCAGAGAAUAAUGGGGGGAUUUUCUAUGAAAAUGAAGAGAAUUGCAAAACAUUUUAUUCUGAAUUCAGCUUAGUUCAGACUUUUUAUAUGAAUAAAUGGCACUUUUAAUAAACUCUGUAAAAUACUGACAAUGUAUUUUUAGAACAGAAUGUAUUUUAGAAUUUGUUUAAAUCAAGGGCUGCAUUCAUUUUAAGAGGAACUACUUAGGUAGUUGUUACAGGAUGCUGUUACUUCCCCCUCAGGCUCAGAUGCACAAUGUAAAGUUUCAUGAAAAAAAUGUAAAUUGAACAGUCUUAGAUGCACAUUCAUAGGGUAUGGGUAGAGCUAACUCAAGUGAGAGGUUUAAUGCAAGGGUGUUUUGGAUCGAAUAUUUUUGUAGAGUUAAUCACCCACCCUUUUGCCCAUGAAAUGAUAUUUUGCAAGGAACUUUUAGUUUGAUUUUCUAAAUAUUAAUAACCACUGUAUAGAUGAAAUUUUCCAUGAAAGCCAUAAUGAUAACCAGUUUUAACUCCUGUCUUCUUUCUUGAUUGCGUAUGAUUAACUUGAUGGUAUCGAUAUACAGUCUUUUAGGUUGCUCUUGACAGUAGUAACAAACAGCUAACAGAUUAUAUAUAUUUUUUUUUAAAGUUGAGAUGUGGAAGAAGAAAACUUUAAAUUACAAUAUGUGAAGUAAGCAAUAAAAAAUAGGGCAUGCCAUUUUACUAGAAAAUAUAUUUUUUUCUUUUGAUUUUUUUUUUCAAUAAACAGUAUAAUAUGAUGUAUUGACUAGUAUUUAUCCUGGAAAAGGUAAAACUAACGUAACAUGGCACCUGCUAAUUUUGUACGUAAGUUCUCCUGGUGCUUUACUUUGCCAAACUUUGAAAUUCAGUGUUUUACUUACUUAUAGGGCAAAGGGUGAGGUGGUUACAUAAGGAGAAAAUAAGAUUAAAUGAAUGGCUGCAACUGCUUUACUUGAAGAAAACAGAACUGAGUGCAAGAUAUGCAAAAAUUGCCCAAUACUAUGUAAUGGUUAGUUGAGUUCAGCUCUAGAUGAGAAAUGGCUGACAAAUACUUCUGGAGUAUUUUAUGAAACCACUAACUUGUUUGCUAUAUCCAAGUGAUAGAUAUAGUCCCCUGGAAACUGACUGACCUUCAAGUUUCAGAUUUUGACAGAAAUCAUAUUAUAUUAACACUGUACUCAGAAAUACUCUUAAAAAUAUAUAUUUAGCUAAUGUAAUCUAUUUUACCUCAAUACUGCCAGUAUCAACUUCAAAGCCUUUUGCCAAAAUAAUGAUUUAUUUUUGCCUUUAUAAAAAGUUUUGAAAGCAUAAAUGACUAUUUUGCAAGAAAACAUUAAUUUAAAUAAAAUGUAACAGUUUGGAAAAUGGUAUAUGUACAGAUUAAAAUAUUAAC